AUGUCAUUUACUCAUUAUCUAAUUUUCUAUUGUAUAACACUGAUUGACACAAGUUCACUCACAGGAAUUGAUUUAUCUCUUUCAAUCAACAAUUCAAUUUCAAUUGACAAAGUUGAUCAAUUGACAAACGCAACAACCGAAGCAUCAGCCUCAACAGCCUCAAGAGUAACAACAACAACAGCAGUAACAACAACAACAGCAACAACCACAACAUUCACAUUUGAAUCAACAUCGCAAACAUUAGCAACACCAGAAAAAAAUGAAUCUUUAGUUCCAAUAGAAAUAAUUCAAUCAAAUAGUACUUUCAAUGAAAGUGAAAUUGAAACGCAAAACUCGACUCAUUCCUUGGUCGAGCAACCUUCAACAACAUUAACACCAUUGGAAUACCCGACGAGUUCAAAAUCAACUUUAAUCUUGAAUAAUGAUACAACUCCAAGUGAAAGUACAACUUACGAGACAACAGUAAACAAUUCGUCUUUACUCCAAGAAAACUCAUCUCUGUCCAGAGUAGCAAAUGAAACACUUGUAGUGAGUAGUAGAGAUGAUAAUGAGACGAAGACUGGACAAGAUGAGCGAGUAAAGAGCGAACUGCAAGUUCAAACCGAAGGUGAGGAAGAGGAAGACGGUGAAAGUGAUGUUUACCUCGUUUCCAAUCGACGUCAAUGUCAACCUUCACAGUCCAACUCCAUUGAAUGGGAAACCGUAGAUGCCUCUGUAAUGGCAAGUAAACCUUGUCCUUUACCCUACACUGGUACAGCUUACCGAGCUUGCUAUUCAAUGGGUCACUGGGAGGAACCUGAUCUAACUGAAUGUCGAUUGCCUCAUUUGCGAGAAAUUCAAAACUUGAUAUUUUAUCAUGUUCAUAAACAUCUUGUUGAUGGAUUGUAUCCAUUAGCAGAGGAACUCAAUCGAUUACUGCAAUCACCAGCUCUUCCAAUUCACAGUCCAAUGGAUAAACUGGACGCUCUUGAUUCCCUCAAUUCAAUCCUUAAAACCAAACUUCGAAUUAAAUUGGACGAUGAAGAUCGAGAUGUGCUCUUUAUCAAGUCACUGAUUUCAAGUUCAGAGCAACUUUUAACUCAACUUCCAUUAGCCUUUCCGUUGGAAACUGAGAAAAAUGCUUUGCUAACCAUGAAAUCGGUUGAAACUAUUUUUGGACUCAAAUCACUUUCUGAAUCAUUGUUACGAGCAUUAAUAGUAUUCUGUAAUGAUGGAACAAUUCGUCAAAUUAAAUCUUUCAAUCCAAUAACAACCAACAUCGCUCUAACAUUGACCCAUGUAACGCCUUUUGGAGAUCACAUUUCAUUGUUGCAUUCUGAAGAUGAUAGCAAUGAAAUUGAACAUUCACCGAGUAAACCUAAAGCAAAUAUUUUUCUAGAAGAUUUUCGACGAUAUGGAAUGGGCAUUUCCGAAAUUUAUUUAAAAAAUGUUGACAAAGACUUCGAUUCUGAUUCAAUGAGCUUGGUUAGUGAUAUUAUUGUUAUCUCGGUGGUUCCACCAAUUUCCAUUGAAGCCAACUUUGAGCGAGUUCCGCAAAUAGAGAUUGACUUUGCUCUUCAACAAACAGCAACCUAUCAAGAGAAGCUCAUUUGUGGUAAACUGAGAUCGCCUCGCGAACUUUGGAGCCAUAAAGAGUGCCAAAUUGUGUUCCGUAAUUUAACCUUCAUCAGAUGCUCUUGCUCUGAACUUGGUAUAUUUGGAGUUGUUCAAGUGAAAAGUUUAACCUCCCAACAGCAUUCAUUCAACCAUCACAAUCAAUGUCAUUUUAAUUCUCUUAUAAUUUACCUUUCCUCGGGAUUGAGUUUAAUUUUUAUUCUGGUAACCAUGGCUGGACAAGUAGUGAUCAUGGUUAAAUCGCCGAAUAACAGAAAAUCUUGUUACAUUCUACUCAAUCUGUUGACCUGUUUAGCAUUGAUUGAGAUUAUUUUUCUGUUCGGUGGACCCUUCCAGUCAUCCUCAUCUUCAUCCUCCUUUCCACCUUCCCUGGCCAGUUCACUGCCAUCAAUUAGUAAAUCCUUUUCAUCGGCAUUCAUUGUUGAUGCAAUAAAUUUUGCUACACCUUGUAAGAUGAUCUCAAUGGUUCUUCACUAUUUACAUCUUGUUGUAUCAUUUACAAUGUUAACUUAUUCAAUUUAUUUGUACAACAAACUUUGGCAUUACCAAGAUAUAAUCACACCUGAUAAUAAUAACAAUGAGGUAAUUUGUUAUCCAGAUAAUGGUUCACUCUUACCAAUUACAGUGACCAACAAUGGUCAAUCAUUUUCAUCCAGUGAAUCCUUACCAGCAACUCGUCAAAAUUAUUACCAACAAUAUCAUCAUCAACAUCAGCAACAACAGUCGAUCCAACAAACACAAAGUUUCUCAAGUUAUUCUUCUUUUCCCUACUUUUUCUCUUCAUCACCAUCAUCUUCACCAACACAAUCCUCAUCAUCAUCAUCAACCUCAUCCAAUUGUUCAUCAUCGUCCUCAUCAUCAACUUCACCAACUUCUUGUGAGAAAGCCUUAAUCUCUUGGAAUCAGCCCAAUCUUCAUAAAGAACCAGAUUCUCAACGAAUCAUCAAUUUACUUUUAUUCACUUGGAUUGCAUCCUUACUUUGUGUUAUUACAUCCAACAUUAUCAAUCCACUUGGAUAUGAGACUAAAAGAUAUUGCUGGAUGUCCAUUGAAGGUGGAAUGAUGUUUUCCUUCAUUGUGCCUGUUUCAUUGCUUAUAAUGAGCAACACUGUAACCAUGUUGUUGAUAUUGAAACGCUUCUUUGCUUACAAGCCUAUUACACACAAGAUUGAAAUUGAACGUGUUGAACCUUCACUUCGAUCGGGUGUAUCGUUGUUGCCCUUUUUUGCUGUCAACUGGUUUUUAAGUGUAUUAGCCUUAGAGGAUACGGCGACAAACAUUUUUCAAUAUUUAUUCUCAUUUUGUAAUCUAAUUCAGCAUCUAUUGAUUUUCCUAUUCCACUGUUAUCAAAGACCUGAGAUUCAUCAAAUAUUCGCAAUCUAUUUCUAUAAUGGUAAUUAUAAUCGGACCGACAAGUCUAACCUGAAAUCAAAGAAAAAUUAUUGGUGUUCAGCAAAUUGUGCCACUGUACCUUUGUUGAUCUAUUCAGAUGAUGGAUCUAACCGAUUACCAGACAACUGUUUCGAGGAUCCUGCUAGUGACAUGGGAAGGUUAAAAGAUCAAUGAUAAUUAGCUCAAUUGAUAAUCGAGACUUGAUUGACUCAACCAAUGUCAAUGUCAAUGGAUUAAAUAUGAUUAUUGAUAUUGUUAAUCAAUAAUUGGCGGAUUAUGGAAAGCAAAAUAACGUCUCAACGAUCAUCAGAGUGCCAAAAAUGACUCCAAUUGAUUUAGCUGUAAUCUGGAAAUUUCAGCUUCUCAAUAGAUCAUCUCAUCUAUAAUGAAAAUAAUCAUCAAAAUGAAUAAUUUCACAUCAGUUAUUCUGAUAAAACAUGAACGUUUAGUCAACUCUUUUUUCCUUUGGAUUAACUCAGUCUUAUUUUCCUUGUCCUUUGUCCUUUAAUCGUCAUUAAAUCAUGAUUUUAUUGUCCAAAACGUGAUAAUUAUUCAAAUUGUUUAACUGCAAGAAGAGACAAGAAUAAAUUAUUAAAAAUUCAA